ACAGCCACCAGAAGGUAAAACUCCAACUUAUUACAUGUAUAUCCCACCCAUUAUUCUGCAUAGUUAUAAAGUUAAUAAAGGUCCAUGAUUAGAGAAAUGUAGCGGAAUAACGCCGUUUGUAUGUUGAGCAUUUUCACCCGAUGAUGUAAUGAGCUAGACAGUAUGGCAGAGGUUCAUGUUAUUGGUGAGAUCAUCGGAGCAAGUGGAUUUCCAAACCAUAGUCUUUUUUGUAAAUGGGGAAUACAUGCAGGUGGUGCAUGGAAAGUAAUAGCUGGAGCUAGAGAGGGGCAGACCCAGGUAGACCUCCCUCAGAAUGAGGCUUUCGCUGCCUGGAGUCAUCCUAUCGACAUUCAUUUUGCCACCAAGGGUCUUCAAGGAUGGCCAAAGCUGAAGUUUGAAGUGUACCAUCAGGAUGACUAUGGACGCAAUGAACUCUAUGGGUACGGCUUCUGCCAUCUGCCUACAUCCCCAGGCACGCACAACAUUGAAUGUGUUACAUGGCGUCCCACAGGCACCUCCAGGGAGCAGAUAUCGCAGUUCUUCAUCGGGGGUGCCCCCCAGCUACGCAAUCCUGACCUGGUGCACAGCGCUGAACGAUAUGCUUUGAGCACUUCGGCGAUGGGAAAAGUCCACUUGCAGCUCGGCAUUAUCUUCAGGAACUUUGACCGGUACGGUGUGGAGUGCUAGGGAUUGAAGGAGCACUCUCACCCAGUAAAGAUAUAUCCACUCGGACCUGGAAUUACACAAAGGCCAAGGAGGUCAUGGCCACUGUUGCCCAUGGUCUUGACCUUGGUGCCCCUUCAAAAAUUUCCCAUUGACUUUAAGAAUUUCAAAUGGAAGUGCCCUUUGCAAAAUAAACUUGCCCUUUCAAAAUGUUUAAAAAUGAAACUCUAGGCCUGAUGACUGUUAUUAGCAAGAUCUGAGGAAUUGGAUUCACUUUUGGAGGUGAAUUUUAGAGAUGAAAGGCUAAUGAAGCAUGGACUUCAUCAUCAUCAUUUGGACCUCGGUCGACCAUCAUCAUUCUUGAUAAAGACAGUUAGUGGUGUAACUACCUGGCAGCAAGCAAGUUCUUCAGACAUUUUUGUAGUUCAUGAGGGUUUUUUUAACUCAUAGACACUUUGGAACUACUGUGCUUGCCAGUAGAGAAAUCACCUAACAUCACAAGGCCAGACAGCCACUUCAAAGUAAGGGCCACACUACGGAUUUACAGUAAAACAAUCAAACGGUUCCAAAACCAAAGGCACACUUUUAAAGGAACACGUUGCCUUGGAACGGACGAGUUGGU